CGAAGCGCCCGACCCGUUAAUCCGGAUCGAGCGCCGCUGUCGCUGGGGAGCGCGCGAGGGGCAAGCGGGGCAAGCGGCGCGCGGGGCUGGGCCGUGGCCUGGCUGGCGGAGGAGCCAUGGGCAACUGCCACACGGUGGGGCCCAACGAGGCGCUCGUCGUCUCAGGUGGCUGCUCUGGGUCAGACGAGAAGCAGUAUGUCUACGGAGGCUGGGCUUGGGCCUGGUGGUGCAUUUCGGACAUACAGAGACUGUCUUUGGAGGUUAUGACCAUCCUUUGUCGCUGUGAGAAUAUUGAGACGUCGGAGGGGGUCCCACUGUACGUAACAGGGGUCGCACAGGUGAAAAUAAUGACGGAGAAGGAGCUUCUGGCAGUGGCUUGUGAGCAGUUCCUGGGGAAGAACGUGCAAGACAUUAAGAACGUGGUCCUCCAGACGCUGGAAGGGCACCUUCGCUCCAUCUUAGGGACCUUGACUGUUGAGCAAAUCUAUCAGGACAGGGACCAGUUUGCCAAGCUGGUGCGGGAAGUGGCGGCUCCAGAUGUGGGCCGGAUGGGCAUCGAAAUCCUGAGCUUCACUAUCAAGGAUGUCUACGAUAAAGUGAGCUACCUGAGCUCACUUGGGAAGACCCAGACCGCAGUGGUCCAGAGAGAUGCUGAUAUUGGAGUGGCCGAGGCAGAGCGCGACGCCGGCAUCCGGGAGGCAGAGUGCAAGAAGGAAAUGUUAGAUGUGAAGUUCUUGGCAGACACCAAGGUGGCCGAUUCCAAGCGGGCCUUCGAAAUGCAGAAGGCUGCCUUCAGCCAAGAGAUCAACGUAAAGACUGCAGAAGCCCAGUUGGCGUAUGAGCUGCAAGGAGCCAAAGAGCAACAAAAGAUCCGCCAAGAGGAGAUUGAGAUCGAGGUUGUGCAGCGCCGGAAGCAGAUUGACGUGGAGGAGCAAGAGAUCAUCCGCACGGACAAGGAGCUCAUUGCCACUGUCAAGUUGCCAGCGGAAGCCGAGGCACACCGCAUGCAGCAGAUCGCCGAGGGGGAGAAGGUGCAGCAGGUGCUGAUUGCUCGGGCUGAAGGGGAGAAGAUCCGCAAGGUUGGCGAGGCCGAAGCCUUGGUCAUUGAGGCUAUUGGCAAGGCCGAGGCCGAGAAGAUGAAGCUGAAGGCGGAGGCCUACCAGCAGUACGGGGAGGCGGCCAAGAUGGCGCUGGUGCUGGACGCCCUGCCCGCGAUUGCUGCCAAGGUGUCUGCCCCUCUCUCCAAGGUGGAUGAAAUAGUGAUCCUCAGCGGGGAAAACAACAGGGUGACAUCAGAAGUCAACCGACUGCUGGCCGAGAUACCCGCAUCCGUGCACGCCCUCACCGGGGUCGACCUCUCCAAGAUCCCCUUCAUCCAGAAAGCCACCGGAGCCCAGGCCUGAGAGGAGGCCAGCUGGUGAAGAGCACCCUUCUCCAUUUAUGCACUCCCCACCGACUGCCUUGAACACUGGGCGCUCGUCUUCGUCAGUGGAGACGGUGGGGGCUACGCUCGGGUGCCUUAUAUCUUGGGGGGGUCGGGGGGGCACGUGUCCACUGGUCCUGGCAUUUCCAAGAGAGGUUUCUUUUUUUGUAACCCCCGCUCUGUGUCAUGCUAGGCAGCACCCUCCCCCCCCAUCUGUGCUCUUGCAAAGUCUGUGCCUUGACUGACCACUGCGCCACUGUUGGGGCAGGGAUGGACCCCAAGUGGAAGGGGUGGGGCGGAAGCAAGGCCUGCUAUCUGGGCCACCCCCAGUUAAAGAGAUUUCCCCCUUCCACGUUUUUUGUUGUGGAGGGGGCACAAACCUUCCGGAUGCUGUUGGGGUCCCCCCCCUUUCCUUGCCACUUCCCAGGGCAAGGGGAAAAAAACCCAGUGCCACCAGCAGGUUAAGUUUGAGCCAUAUCAGCCUGCGUGAUGUUCUGUGGCCUCUAGGUCUUGGCGCUAUGAAGGGGAGGUGGUAGCCUCGGCUAUGAAGGCCGCCCCUAUUGUAUGGGCUCAAUAGUGGCUUCCAUAGACCAAGACCUUGUCAGGACCUCACACCAAGUGACUGACGGAUUCCCCAGGGCAUGAUCAGGCCAGAAUCAACGCCACGGUCUCUCUUCCUCAAAAUGCCAAUACAUACUCUGCUUGCCAUUGCUAUAUCUCUCUUGCUAUAUAUAAACUGCCUCAUUUAUGAUGGUCCUGUCCUACGUUGUCUGUAGUCAACAGAAGGUACAUUGGGAGAACUCUGAAAACCGCCCUGGAGCCUGUCGCCCUUCCGAUCCCCUGUGCCCAGCCAUAUUCAGCCCAUUAUAUUCAGUGUAGCCUCUUUCGUUGCCCGCCCACCGCAGAAGAGAAGACCCUACGAAGCUGGUAGCUUGCUGGGCCCUUCUCAUUGUACCCAUGCACCAUGGGAGAGGAAGCCAGGGCCCCAUCUUGCACCCAAAGCAGGAGAUUUCCAAAUGGUUCCUCCCCCCCCCCCAGCGCCUGCUCUUUACUCUGCAGUUGUGCUGGCAAGAAGCACUUGAGAAGUGUUGGAACAAGAGCUGCAGGCCACAGCCUGGCCAAGUUGCCGGAGCUGGUGUUGCCUUGAGCCCCCAGGAGUGGAAGGCUGCUGGGCUUCUCCCCCCCUGCUACUCUGGGACAAAGGGGUCAAGACCCUUCUCCCUUUGUAUUAUGCUCAGCACCCCCCCCCCAGUAUAAACAUGGCUCCAUGGCAUGGCAAGGGAGGGGGCAGUAGUAGUUCCCCCCACACACACAGGAUUUCCAACCAUCUCUCCAUGCCACCUCUUCCCCUUCUAAACGUGCUCAUGCAAACACACCUGAUGUUGCUACCUGUGAAACGUGCCUGUUUGCAAUCCCUGCGCAUGCAGAGAGCGGGGGGGGGGGGAGCCUCAGCUGUGCUUUCUUCCUUGGCCUCCUUAUGUAUUGGGAGUCCCCCUUCCCCGCCCUCCAAGGCUGCUGCUUUUGAGCAUGUCCCUCGCUCUCUACCCCACUUAGUACUGUGAAGACAAGAGGAGGGAGGAGCUGGGGUGGGGUGUGCCAAGUCCCAAGCCUUUUAAGCAGUGUGUAAGGACCUGGGUCAGUACUCCCAAGGGUUUGGUGGGUGGGCGGCAGGGGCUUGAUUUAUGAGCCCCAGGCAGCUUGUUCACAGAUGGCCUUUGGCAGAAGGUAGAAGGGGCCACUGUAGGGCCAGAGAAGGUUUUUUUCCCCAUAGGUGUGGAUUGGCGCUCUGGAUCCUCCACAGGUUUUUGGGGGCUGCGCAGGAGAGAGCGUCAAAUCUCUGCGCCUCUAGCCCCCUUUUGCCUUUCUCCCUCACCCCAUGCGUGUGUCACCCGCGCUCCUGCCCCCAACGCCACGCGUUACCCGCAUGGACAUGGUGCAUGACCACCUGUGCCAGGAUUUGCCGGGGACCUCCUGUGUUUAUCCCAAGUGUGAAAUAAUGUACAAUAAAGUUGUGAUCUUGCCAAA